CCCCCAGCAUCCCUCUUGCUUGUUCUUCCAGUAUAAUACCCAGUUGGGGCCCCCUUAUCACAUCCUGGUGGACACUAACUUCAUCAACUUCUCCAUCAAGGCCAAGCUGGACCUGGUGCAAUCAAUGAUGGACUGUCUUUAUGCCAAGUGUAUUCCAUGUAUCACAGAUUGUGUGAUGGGUGAAAUUGAGAAGUUGGGACAGAAGUACCGCGUGGCAUUAAGAAUUGCCAAGGACCCUCGCUUUGAACGCUUGCCGUGUAUGCACAAAGGAACCUACGCCGACGACUGCUUGGUCCAGAGGGUCACUCAGCACAAAUGUUACAUCGUGGCCACAGUGGAUAAAGAGCUCAAGCGGAGAAUACGAAAAAUCCCAGGAGUGCCUAUAAUGUAUAUUUCCAGGCACAGAUACAAUAUUGAGAGAAUGCCAGAUGACUACGGAGCGCCACGAUUCUAACCUGUCCAGCCAAGCCAUCGAUGCCAGGACUGUGAGCCAGGAUAGGGGUCCUUCCGAUUCCAGCCCUUCUGCUUGCUUUUUUGAUGGGACUCUGUUCAUAGGACUGUGGGAAACAUUGGACUGACAUCAUGGCCUUGAUCUUUUAAGAAAAAGCUAUGUGAAGAGCCUGUUUUUAUUCAUCCUUGCUCUGACU